GACGACGCCGAAUCCAACUUCCAUAUUGGUAACAAAAUAAUAAUAUUGGAUUUUCCAUUUCCAUUUCCAUUUCCAUUUCCUUCCUAAUUGGCCCGUUCUCUUCUCUCACAUGACACACUUUAUUUCGUCUUUAUUAAUUUCUACUCACUCCUCCAACACAUUCAACAUAUCCCUUUAAUUUCUCUCUUCGUCUUGUCAUCAAGAAGAAGAAUAAGAAACAAGAACACAUCUCUCUUUCUCUCGAUGGACAUGGCGGCAUCUUCGUCUUCUUCCCCCCCUACGGACGAUCUUCAACAACAACAACAACUCAAAGAAUUUCUUCACAAAACCAAAUCGAUUCACUUUCUCGGUCGCACUACUCCGAUCGUCCUUCAAAACGACAAUGGACCUUGUCCUCUUCUCGCUAUCUGUAACGUUCUUCUGCUACGGAACCAGUUAAGUUUGAGCUUGGAUAUUGCUGAAAUCUCACAGGAGAGGUUGCUUUCAUUGGUUGCUGAACGAUUGAUUGAUUCAAAUAGUAAUGUGAAUAACAAAGAUGUAGGCUAUGUCGAAAAUCAACAACAGAACAUUGCCGAUGCAAUUGAUUUGCUCCCUAGACUUGCCACUGGAAUUGAUGUAAAUCUAAAAUUUACAAGAAUAGAUGAUUUUGAAUUCACUCCAGAGUGUGCCAUAUUUGAUUUGCUGGACAUCCCAUUGUAUCAUGGCUGGAUAGUUGAUCCGCAGGAUCAUGAUACUGCAACUGCUAUUGGAUUGAAGUCCUAUAAUGCCCUUAUGGGAGAGCUUGUUUCUCUUGAAACACGGAAUAUUGAAAUCCCGCCGAAAAAUAAUCUAGAAGAAGAUUGUGUUGAUUUUGUGGCUGCAACAACUGCUGCUCUUGGAGUUCCUUCUCCCAGUCUUUCUAAAGUCAGGUCUUUUGAUGAUUCUCCACAUUCUGUUUCGGAUCAGGCACCAAGGAAAGGUGAUCUUGAAGAAGAAGCAGAGUUGUUGAGAGCCUUGAAGUUGUCUGAGGUUGAUUCUAAAGCUUCACUAAGUGAUCCUGUUGUGGGUCAUGCAAAUGAUAACGGAGGGGAAGUUUCUCUUGGUAUGGACGAGAAUACGUGUAACAAACAGGCUGUAACCGCGGAUUCUGGAGUUGACUUAGGAAAGAACACUGGUAAAGAAAGCAAUGAUUUUCAUGAAUCAGAAACCUCCAUACCUGAUGGUUUCACCGCUUCUAGCAAAGACUAUAAUGAACAUAUAUCUUCUACUUCUACAGUCGGGGAAGCAGCCAAUUCGUCCUCAAAGAACGAUGCCGUAAGUGACUUCCAUCAAUCACCUUCUAUGGAACCUGAAGAAUCUAUUGAACAAAAUGAUGUGGUUGAGAAGCAUAACCUUGAUGCAUUGGUUCAGAAUGAGAGUGCAGUCACCCUUUCUCCUGAAAAAUAUUCUGUUUCUUUUUCUGAGAGCUGUGCAGAUGGCACAAGGGGGGAUGAAAAGGUUCUCAAUCAAUCCUCUCUUACAACUAUAGAUCAUGAAGUUUCAGAUGAAUCUCAAGGACCAGAUGCUACAGGAGUAUCAUGCUUAUCUGCAAGCCAUACAAAUUCAGAUUCUUCUAGUAUCAGAUUUCAUCAAACCGAUGCUUCUGGAGCAUUCCCUUCAGCAGUUGGUGGGAGUGAACCCAUGUAUGAAGGAGAGGAAUGUGUAUUGGAUACAAGAACUGAAAAUAUUGAGGAUCGUGAACCUGUUUAUGAAGGUGAGGCGGUGCUUCAGGAACAGGCUGACAAAAGCACCUUAGCUAAGGAAGAAAUUACUCCAGAACAAGGAGAACUGGUCAAAAGUUUUUUGAGGAAUAAUGCCAGUCAGUUGACAUUUUACGGGCUUUUCAGUCUACAAGAAGGUCUUAAAGAGCGUGAGUUAUGUGUUUUUUUCCGAAACAAUCAUUUCAGCACUAUGUUUAAGUUUGAGGGUGAGCUCUAUCUUCUAGCUACAGACCAAGGCUACAUAAAUCAGCCUGAUCUGGUUUGGGAAAAACUGAAUGAGGUCAAUGGUGAUACAUUGUUUAUGACUGGUAAUUUCAAGGAAUUCAAGGUAGAAAGCCAGGAAAAUAACACCUGGGAUGAAAACAGUGUUAUGACCAGCACUGCUGACUAUCUUGCCAGCAUAGAAAGUGCAACACAGGCAGGCUUAGGAGAUACUAUCAAUUCUGAUUUAAGACUAGCAAUGAAAAUGCAACAACAAGAGUUCGAGCAGCAGCAGCCACCACGUAACAAUCAACAACCACCAUCCAAUAGUGGUAGCUCCAGACUGGUCACAGGUCCCCAGGUUGCAAGAAGCACUGGAAGGAAUCCAUCUUCAUCUCCCAAGACCGAUAAAUCCAAAGAAAAAUGUAUAGUGAUGUGAAUUUCACAAGCAGUUGUUAGAAGCUUGCUUUAUAAUUCUUGGCCAUAACUUUUGUAUCUCAUGAUUACAGCAACCUUAUUCCUCAUGUCAUGUAUGUGAUAUUAGAUUAAAUUUCUUUGUAAAUAUUGGAAGUAAAUAGUGUACCACAGUGCAUGAUAUUACAAUUUUGGGGUUAAAAGGAUAUUUGCAUAUUUGGAAGGAAUACAUUCUUCUUUGCCCCA